GAGAGCUAAUUUACGACCCGGGCUUUCUGCUGUCUGUUUUAAACCGCUUUGUCAAAUAUGGAGGGCUCGGAAGAGGUGGGUUCACCACCCAAGGACAAGCGCCCAAGAACAUCCAAUGCAUGCGUACAGUGUCAGCGAAACAAAAAACGCUGCGACGGCGGCAUGCCACGAUGUACUUCGUGCACACAGCGCCAGUUGGCUUGUACUUACCACGGGGUCAGACGUCGAGGCCGGGGGAAAGCGAAACCACAUCUAGAGAAGCUGGAGUCUCGGGUCAGUGAACUGGAGACUUCUUUACGGCAUUCGAUGAGUGUUUCGGUGGGGUCCGCCAGCAAUGAAACUUCCAAAGUGGGAACAGACCAGAACAGCGCCCAGUCUGCUUUAUCAGAUAGACUGGAUGCGUCAGAGUCUGGAGCAAGUGAGCCCUCGUGUCGCGCAGGUGACCAUGGGCAAACGCAGACAGCGCUGAGAGAUAAAUUCUUCACGGUCCUCCCAGCGCAACCAACGACCGAAAAGCUCAGGUCAGAGGCGAACCACGGCGCUUUCACCAGCCCCAUCUUCGUCCAACUUCCUCCCAAGUCCCACCUCCAGUCUCUGUUUGAGGUGGCUCUCGCUGAACUCAAUUAUCAGGUGCCCUUCUUCGACAUCCCUCUGUUGCUGACUCUUCUGGACGAACACUAUGCACACCCGACUGCUCCCCGAGGAGACCACCCCCAGCGCUGGGCUAUGCUCAACACAGCCGUAGCUGUCGCGAUCCAGCUCCGCACCGCAAAAGGCUCGGAACAUGCCAUGAUGAAGAUAUCAUGGGCUUUCUUCAAGAAUGCGUUCAGCAUGUACUCCGCUAUUACCUUACGCGGUGCGGACAUACUAGCUGUAGAAGCGCUGCUCGCUAUGGCUGUAUACGUGCAGGGCUCAAGCGAUCUGCGAACCACAUCGGCCCUGGUCUGUGCGGCCGCGCGCCUAUCUUUAACACUUGGAUUGCAUCGGACGACGUAUUACUCUGGGCUUGAUCCUGCUGCAGCGAACCGGGGCCGGAGGGCCUUCUGGGUCUCCUAUCUUCUCGACAAGGACAUCUCUUUGCGAACAGGAAUGCCUUCCAACUUUGAUCAGGAAGCUAUCAGCCUCCAUCGUCUGGAUCUCGUGGGGCCUGGAUCGUCGACAGGUAGCCUCGGCUUGGGAAUGGACAUGCCGGCGUCCACUCUCAUCCAGUUCCAGGUUCAACUAGCGAUGAUUGAUUCCACCGCUGAGAAACGGCUCUUUUCCACCUCUGCCAGGGAAAAAAGUGUUCACCAGCUCUUGAGCAUCGCAGCUGAGCUUGACCACCAACUGAUGGCCUGGAAAGCAAGCCUCCCAGUAUAUCUCCGAGCCGAUCAUCUCGACCGGUCCUCCCCAACAACAACAACAACAAUAGCCAGAGAGCCUAUCAUCCAGCUGCACCUCGCGUACUAUAACACACUCUGCGAGCUCCACUCCUUUGCCGCGCACCUCGAUCCCCAAGGUCUUAAUAGCAGUACCAUACAGCAGGUCAACUCUGCAAGAACCACUCGGAUAUCCGCAGCCUCGGAGACAAUCCACCUCCUGCAAUGCCUAUCUCGCCAGGAACAACCCGGAUAUCUCUGGCAUAUUCUACUCUAUCCCAUAGCCGCAUGCAUCACUCUCGUCACUGUUGUACUUGACAAGCCUGAGGAUCCCCAGGCGCGUUCCUGCGCUGAACGUAUUGGUGAGCUCGUGGCGUUUUUGAGAGAAUUGCAGCGUGAUGGGAUUCUCGAUGUACAGGCUUUGUUAGAUCUAUGCUGCGGACUGGAAAAGCGUGUUCUCUGUACAAUUUUGAACGCGGCAAAUGGGACCCUGGCUGAGGGUUCCCCUUGCACUGGCAUCGCCCCCGAGCUCGACACAUGGAGACAGCAAAUACUAUCUCCCACCCACGCCAGAACGAGAACAACCAGCAUGCACCUCGCAUCGGGACUAAUGAGCAACAUACCCAACCUAUGCUCGAUCGCCGCUACUAUCUUUUCGGGUCUUCUGCCUGAGAGCCAGAUACAGAUAUCGCCGGUUUCGAGCCUGCUUGCGCCGCCGUCGCUGGAUCCUGGGAGGUAUGGGUUUGCGUUUGGUUGAUUGGGGGUUUUUUUUUUCUUUACAUGGGUACCUUACGUGCCUG